ACUAGGUCAUUUAAAAUGUAAGGGGUGUGUCCAUUAGGGAGGGAGGACCAGCAAGUAUCCAAGUCAUGAGAUCAGCUUUUCUUUUUUACAGAAGUGAUGUUUGGAGCUUUUAAAGCUUCCCUUAGUUUCCACAUGAGAGGUAACGCUUGACCAUUUAUCUGGAUUUUAUCCUGCGAGGAAUUGUUCUAAGAAUCAGUUAUAUGACAGAGAGCUGUGGAGCCCUGACAAUGCUGAUAAAGUGGACAUGAAGUUGUGACAUCUGCAGCUGUCCGGAAGGCUCAGAAUGUGCCUGGAGAACUGGCUCAGACUGCAGGGUAUAACACUGAUAUUGGUCUUAUCUGCCAUCCAAGCUGCCAGCCAAGCUCUGGUGACAGAAAACAGGAAGCUGCAAAGUGAAAGGAAUCCUCACUUAUCCUCUGGAGUUUGGACAGAGUGGGGGUCUUGGACCACAUGCUCCAGUACAUGCCGGGAAGGAGUGACACUUAGAAUUCGCAGCUGUAUAAGGGAGACUGGGAACGCAAUAUGUGCAGGAGAACAGCGACAGUACAAAUCAUGUCAGUCCAUGUUGUGUCCAGAUGAUGCAGUGCCCUUUAGGAACCUACAGUGUGCUCUCUACAACAAUAGUCCCAUCCCGGGCUGGUCUCAGCAGAGAUACGAUUGGGUAUCAUUUUAUGAAGCCCCCAUUGCCUGUGAUUUAAACUGCUUGGCAGUUGGACACAACUUUUAUUACAGCUUUGGGCGAGUAUUGGAUGGAACCAGUUGUGGACCAGACCCUGGUGGAAUCUGCAUCAAUGGUCAAUGCCUGAGAGCCGGCUGUGAUGGUGUCCUGAGUCCGGAAGUCACUACUCAUUUAUGUCAGAACUGUGGCGGACAAAAUGAUUCCUGUGUUUUUAUCCAGAAUGUUUUCCAGCUUCCUUACCCCUCUACAGAGUUCUUUGGGUACAAAAAUGUGACUCGAAUCCCAGCUGGCGCAAGUCAUGUAAAAGUGGCUGAUCAAAGUCGCAAUAUUCUAGCCCUGAUGAGCCCGAGUAGAGGCUACGUGAUUAAUGGGAACUGGGCAAUUUCCAGGCCGGGAGUAUACAACGUGGCAGGGACGGAGGUACAUUACACCCGCACCGCAGCCAGCCAUGAGUUCCUGACGGCAUCCGGGCCUACAGAUGAGGAUUUGUAUGUUCUGGUUCUCUUUCAGGAACAAAACCCAGGCAUUCAUUAUGAGUAUUGGCUGCCUAAGGAGAGGUACUACAACAUCCAGAGGGAUUUCCAAGCACAGCAGAGUAUGGAUAGAUCAUAUCAGCCUAUGGAUAUGGGUUUAGACGCCUGGGUACGCACACCUACAUCCAGCAGCCAAAUAGCCACGGUGGGGGCAGUAAGAAAUGAAGCUGAGAAAUCAGACAGACGCUGCCAGAAGUGUGUGCAGCUCAACGGCAGAGCGCAGAGGAGGAAACAUUAUUGUCAAAGUGACUUUGUGAUCCAUGGAAAGAUUUUGGGGAGGAAGAUAAUGGGAAAGGAGACACGCUAUGACAUACAGGUGAAGCAUGUAUAUAAGAGCAAGUUCCCCCUUGUGCACCGUGAAUAUAUUUGGGUGACUGACAAGUGCAACUGUCCCAAACUUCAAGAUCGUCAGGAAUAUAUAAUUAUGGCUUCAAGACAUAUGAACUAUGAACGCACUCUGAAUAGGAUCUUGCUCUUCGCACACAGCUAUGUCAGAGCCUGGUCACAGAACGAGGAUCUGCAGGUGCAACGCCUCAGUAAAUUGUGUAGAACAUCCUCCUGAGGCCUCCGUGCAACAGCUUCUUUGUUAUGUGUGUGCAGCUGGAGAAGACUACAGGCCCAAUGCCAUAAGUAAUUAGCACAGGGUGGGCUGGGGACAGAGCACCUGUGGUCAGUAACAGCACAUGGGAAACACUUGGCCUGGAAUGUUGGGGAAACAGUUCAUAGAAACAGAAAAAGGGCACAAGCCCUCUAUGAGGGAGAAACUGCUCUGUUCCUGGACUUUCCUGGUAAUGUAUGAUUGCCAUCACCUGUGGUGAAACACCUUUCUUAUCAAUUAACUAGCUCACCACAUGUGAUGGCAAUCAUACAUUACCAGGAACAGAGCAUUUUCUCCCUCAUGGAGAGGGUCAGGUAGGCAAGUAUGACAUAAGGGCUAGUGAGGUGCAGAGUACAUGUACAACUCAUGAUUUGCCUGUAGCCUAAAGCUAAGUUUGUUGAAUGUAUGUAAAAUGAAUGUGUCUGCUAAAUGUUUAAUAUAAAAGAACUAUUCAUAUUGGAAUAAAAUAAUAACAUAUCAGAUAAUAUGAAAACCCUUACGUAUGUAUUAUAAAUGUAUAAUUCAGAAUUGUAUUCAUUUUUC